AUGCUCUCCCCACGAGACGCCCUCGCCUCAGCCUGCCUUGGCUGCGAGCUCCUCGCCAUCGGCGGUCACGAUGGUUCAAACUACAUCGCGUCUUGCGAGGUUUACAGCGCCUCCACCCCAGGGCAUGGCCGCUUCCCUCGAUGGACCUGGAUCCCCUCAUUGUCUGCUUCACGCGCGUUCCAUGCAGCGACGACAGCGAGAGGUCGCGUCCUUGUGUUUGGAGGACAAGGCAGCCGCACGGGGAAGCCUGGGGGUUACGGGGAUGCGCCGGUCCGAGAAGCCAUGGUGCUGUCCUCGUGCGAGGUAAUGGACGAGCAGCUGCAAGGCUGGUCUUCUGCACCUGAGCUCCCGUCUCCUCGCACGAUGAUGGCUGGAGCUAGCACGAUAGACAGACAUUUCUGUAUCGGCGGCAGAACAGGAAAGUUCGAUCAGUCUCCUGCACUGGAUUCCGUCCUCGCACUUGACCUGCGCAUGAAGAGCUGGAUGCAGUUGCCGUCGCUGAGGGAGAAGAAAUAUGGCGCUGCUGCUGCUUCCUGGAACGGGCGGGUGUAUGUGUUUGGAGGGCAUGACUUGGCGAAGCCGUUGUCAACAGUGGAGGUUGUCUUCGACGAGCGAAGGAACGCAUGGAGCGAGUGUGAGCCGAUGAAGCACGAGCGAGUCUUCUCUCAAGUGAGAGCGCGUGUCGAUGAUUCGAGGCUGACGGGAGCAGGCUGUGCGCAUGGCAGAUUACGUCUACGUCACUUGCGGCUUCGACAGGGUGGAGGAGGUUCACCAGGUGAGGACAAGCCGAGCGUUGUGAUCACGUGA